GGAACUUAGGCUCUCAACAGUGAUAUGUGCCUUUCAUUAUUUCAGUGGGUCUAAUGCAGGCCAAAUGCUGUCUGGAGUUCCACCUCUAUGGCCAGCAUUAAUGGUAGCUUCUAGCGCUUUUCAAGCUGGUGCAUCAAUUAUGAAGGAAUUUAUCUUCAUUGAUGCUGCAACCCGUCUUGGAGGGAAGUCACUAGACAUUUUUGUGGUCAAUUCAUUUGGAUCUGGAUUUCAGUUGACAUUCACGCACAGGCACUUUUUGUACUUCUCUUUCUACCAUUUCUUUCCAACAUGAAAGGCAUACCUGUAGCCAAACUUCCCUCAUAUCUGAUGCAUGGUGCUGGUUGUUUUCUAAAUGUUGGUGCUAAAAGACCAGGCAAGCUCUUACAACCUUAAUGAUCUUACACACUUUGCUAUUAUCAUCUUACAUUGUUAUGGAUACUAAUUAUGAUUUG